AUGAGCGACAAAGAACCGGCGAGAAUCCUCAGUAUUGACAUGGGCAUUCGAAAUUUAGCAUUUGCUCACUUGCUAGUUCCUCCACGCCAGGCUGGGGUGUUGAGCUCUCCUAUUUUAAAUGCGUGGUGUCGCUUAUCUGUUUCUUCGCUUGCAUCGAAUUCAGUUUUGGACUUUCACAUGGGUGAGGAAAUGAAACCUAAAGGCAAGAUCGCUAAAGGGAGCAAAACGAAAGCACUCAACAUACUUGGCGCUGGACAGUACGAUAGAAUUGUGUUGCAAAACGAGCAGGAGAAAGAAUCCUUUGCUCCCAAACUCUACGCCGCACAUGCAUACACCCUCAUGUCAUCUCUUCUCGCAACAUAUAAACCAACACACAUCCUUAUUGAAAGGCAGCGGUUUAGAUCUGGUGGAGGUAGUGCGGUCCAGGAAUGGACCAUUCGAGUCGGCGUUUUCGAAGGAAUGCUUUACGCAGUUCUUCGUGCAAUACAACAGGAGCGGAAAGGCGACGUAGCCAACAUUGUCAUCCAAGGCGUGGAACCUCAACGGAUAAUGAAAUACUGGAUGGGUGAUGAAGAAGAUCUCUCCCCGGAACCGAAAGCCAAAAGGACAGCGGCCCCAUCAACGAAACAUAUAUCCCAAUCGAUGUCUCCGAAUAGGCGCAAGCAAAUCAAAAUAGAUCUCAUUGGCAGACUGCUCUCCUCGUGUACUGGAUCACACGUCAGCGGCACACAGCCAGCCAACUUGGGUGACCAUAUUAGUAUACAGUUCAGCACCGACCGUCAGGUGAAUGAGGUAGUCAAUGCCUACUUAAAGAAAUGGGGAAAGAAAACGAGAAAAGCAAGUAUUAUGAAAAAGGGGGGCUUUAUCAUUCCAAUUUCUUCUUCUUCUUCUUCUUCUUCUUCUUCUUCUUCUUCUUCUUCUAAUAUGCCCCCCCACACUGGAGCGGAUGGCUCUCAAACACUUGAAAUUGGAAAACUUGACGACCUCGCUGAUUGCUUGUUACAAGCUAUGACAUGGUUAGAGUGGCAGAAUACACGGCAAACAAUCUCUCGUUACGGGCUUGAAGCAGUCUCAUCAAAGGUAGGAGGUUGA